CUAAACAGCAUUCACGAAUGCUUCCAUCGCGCUCGCGCUCAAAACUGCAACAUUUUAUUGGAAGAUUUCACGUGGCUCUAGUAAAUAGAGUUAAUUCGUGCUCCUUCGCCUGCCGAAGAUGAAUCCUGGAAUUGUUUUAUGCGAAAUUGCAAAAGAAUGUGUGAGGGAGGCAUCGCAAUUCAUUUAUGCCAAAAAGGGUUGGCAGCUAAUGGACUUCUUUGGACCGGAGCAGGCAGAGAUACUCUUAGAAUGCAUUCAAAAGUCAGGCGAAGAGGCGCGUCCUCGGAAAUUGGUCUUCAAGGCCAUCAAAAAAGAUGCCGAAUGGAUUUUGGUGUUGUUGCAGCAGGCGUCCCACGCUAAAAUCCGUCCGCUCGACAUGGAAAUGGGUGCCACACUAAUGCCGAUUGUGUUCAAGGAUUUCAGGCUGGAGAGCAGCUUGGAUUUUGCAGUGGCCGAGCAGGAGAAGAUCUCCCAGCGACCCCUCAAAACUUAUGUUUCGUCGAAGCUGUACGACGCGCUCUACGACAGACAUCAGACGAUGCGAGAGGGCAAGGACAGGCCGCUGAAUCUACCCGACUGCUUCCAGUCGAAGCUGCGCAAAUACCAGGAGCGCAGCGUAUGCUGGAUGCUGAGUCGCGAGCAAGAGUUGAAUGAAUUUGCCGGGAACUACUCUGUGCUCCAGGCGGUGGAUGGACACACUCGCGUGCUGAAGCAUGACUACUGCCUCGAAUUCUAUCCGUUUCAGGAGGAACUUCAAAAGAUAGCACUGCCCCCGGGUGGCAUUCUGGCGGAUGAAAUGGGCCUGGGCAAGACGGUGGAGUUCCUCGCCAUGAUGCUGCUCAAUCCGAGAGCGAAGGGCACAUUCAGCAACAACUACUGGCUGGAACUACUAGAGAGCAUCUACGAGAAUGUGCCUCUGAAGCAGCCGCGACAGCAGAGGGAACUGUUUUGCAUCUGCAAUAGCAAAAAGGGCAAACGGAUUCAGUGCAGCAACUGCCGUCUGUGGCAGCACGAACUUUGCAUGAAUCGCAGUGGCGAGCAGGAUCCAAAUGAUCCUCCAUAUGUGUGUCCCAGCUGCUGGUCGGAAUUGGGAGGCACGCGUCUGGUAGAGUCUGGAACCACCAUCAUAGUCUCCCCCAAUGCCAUCAAGAUGCAGUGGUUCAACGAGCUGCAGAAGCACAUUUCGCCAGCUCUAAAGGUUCUCUUGUAUCCCGGUCUGCACUCGGGUUCCUGGUACAGUCCCCUGCAGCUGGCCGAGUACGAUGUGGUGCUCACAGACUAUCUCAUUCUUCGCAGUGAGAUUUAUCACACAGCGGACUACAAGUCCGAUCGCCAGAUGCGCCACCAACAGCUCUAUUUGCGUCCUAGCUGUCCUCUUCUCAUGGUCAACUGGUGGCGUGUCUGCCUGGACGAGGCUCAGAUGGUGGAGAGCAGCACCUCGCAAGCGGCUGAAAUGGUGCGAAUGCUGCCGGCCGUAAAUCGUUGGGCCGUCACGGGCACCAUUGACGAUCUGCCGCCGCUCUUGCAGUUUGUUGGCUUCAAUGAGGCCUGCCAGCCAGCGGCUGCCUGGCAGACUGUGGACAAGUCCUUCCAGCUGAACUACAACCCAAAGCCAUUGCUGGAUCUGCUGGAGCACAGGCUGUGGCGCACCUGCAUGUCCAAGGUGAAGCACGAGCUGGGCAUUCCGCCGCAAACGGAAGUAGUCCAUCGCCUGGAGCUCAGCAAUGUGGAGGCCCUGUACUAUCGCGAGGAGCACAUCAAGUGCCACGAUCACUUUCGCGAGGAAGUGGCCAAACAUACGCAUCACAACGAGGACAACAGCUCCCGCCUCGCCUCCAUUUCGCCCCAGCUGCUGCGCUACAUUCUGAAACCAUUUCUGCACAUACGCAAGACCUGCUCGGUGCCCGUCGUGCACAACAAUGCGAACAUCUCGCCCUUGAUGGAUCCACAGGAGCUGCUAGAUCAUUUGAUAUCGAACAACGAGACCGAAUGCAAGAAGGAGCUGCGCAGCUGGGCCUCCUCCUACAAUGGAUCGGCGGCCAUUUACUUUAUACGCGAGAACUAUGGCCAGGCUGUUAGGCAGUACAAGCUCCUACUGAAACUGGCAGCUGACUACAACAAGGACCAUAUAUCCGUGGAUAGUGUGCUGCAGAUUCAUGCGCUCUAUAAUAUCCUGCAAGCCAACGAUCUGGCUGCUCCUCAGUUCAAGUUAUCCGACAUCGAGGAGACCACCUAUCAAUCAAUGAUGAAAGCGUUCGAGUGGAAGUAUCUGGAUGACACCUCCAGAGUGCUGCAAUCGGCACUCAAUGCCUACCAGCUGAAGAUAGCCGAAUAUCAGACGCUGGAGGAACGUUUCAGUGGCAGCAUUGUCGAAUUUCUGGCCACGGUGGUCAACUACAAGGACUCGCUGCACGAUGCCAUGUGGAACAAGGUGCGCGAGGAGUUCAUCAAGCAAAAUAUCUCUGCUGAUAAAUUGGAAGGUGUUCAGUCCGUAAGGGGCAUUGUUUACGAGAUUGAAAUGUGGCACCAGCGUCUCGAGGAUCUCAAGUCAAAACUAAUUGCGGAAUUUGAGUUUCUAGAGGAUAUAAUUUGUCGGGCUGUGUCGACAGUUCAGGCGGGAGAAGCCCUAACAGCGGACAUCACGAGCUUUAUUGGGAAAGUCUCCGAUUGUCAUCUGGCUGAGAUUAUGGAUGAUGACAACAAAAAGGAGCCGAAAAAGAAACCCAAAAAGCCACUUGCCCCUUGUCGCCUGUGCCAGAUACGUGAGACGCUAAAUAAAUUCGAAUGUCUGCUGCUGGCCAAAGUGGAAGACGAAACCGAAGGCCUGCAAAAGCCCAGCAUGGAGAUUGGUCUUCUAAAAAUAAUCUUUACAUUCGUGCGCGGAAAACCAGAGUUCAGCGAUUACUUGGGCGAAUGUAAAAUCAAAUUGGAUUUGCUCAGCUGCCUGCAGGGUCUGGCCAAAGCCAUGGCCAAGUACUGGAUCGAGGUGGAGUACAUGGUGAAGUCAUUCGAUGAGCUUGAAAUGUGCAAGAUGCGCAUUCUGCUCACCGAUAAUCCCAACGAACAGUCGAAUUACCGCAUCUUGAGCGACCAAAUCGAUGAGCAAUUGGAAACGAAUCUGCACAACCUGGACAUGGCACAGCGUAACUUUACGCGACUCAGUGGACGUCUGAAGUAUUUGAAGCAUCUAAAGCAGGACACGAGUGCCGCGGUCUGUCCUAUAUGCCACACCGAUGAAGAUCCUAGAUUUGUGAUGAUGGUUUGCGGCCACUUCCUGUGCGAGCACUGUCUGGCCGUCAUGGAAAAGAGAACGUCCGUGGGCAGCACCAAGUGUCCCAUUUGUCGCCAGAAUUCGCCACAAUUAUAUCGCUACAUUCGUGAUGGUUCGAUCAAACCGAUUACCGGCAACUUUUCCACUAAAUUUGCCUGCAUUGUGGAACUGAUACUCAAGAUUAAGGCUGUGAAUCAACGAGAUAAAAUACUCAUCUUCUCCCAGUGGCAGGUGAUCCUCGACCACAUAGCAAUUGCUCUCAAAUUAAAUAAGAUUGAGCAUCGCAAGUGCAGCAACAAAGAUUUGCUUGAGUUUAAGAGCACGGACAAUAAUAUCACCUGCCUGCUUAUGCCUUUGUCGCGUGGCUCGAAAGGUUUGAAUUUGAUUGAGGCCACACAUGUUUUUUUGGUGGAGCCAAUUCUGAACCCUGGCGAUGAGCGGCAGGCCAUUGGCCGCGUACAUCGUUUCGGGCAGACAAAACCCACUACAGUGCACCGCUUCGUCAUGAAUGGCACAAUUGAGGAGAACAUUUUGAAGCUCAUUACUUCAGCGGAUGACAGCCAAACUCUCGGCACACACUGGGAUCUCGGCAAUAUGACGCUGGAUAGCUUAAAGAAGCUUUUUAUACUGACAUCGAAUGUGUGUUCGAUUUAGUGUAUUAUUAAUUAAAUAUUAACCCUUUAAGGAAAUUAUUUAUUUAAGUAAAAUAAU